AUGGAGCCGAAGGAAAGCGCGCAACCGAGGGACGUCCCUUUCCUGCCCCGCCUCUCGGCCAGAAAUGCAGCGUGGGAGCGGAGUCUCUCUUCAUGCGCAGUGAUGUUGGUUGGCGGAGUUGCGCGGGGGGAGCCUCGGAACAAAGGAUACAUCUGGGGUGUCAAGGCUGAGGGAGAACCAUCUGAAGUCUCACUGGCAAAAAAUGGGGAGAAGGUGCAGGAGCAGAAACUGAGGAGUCAAGAUGGAGCAAAGAGACAAGAGGAGAGAGAGACUCACACAGGGGACAAACCUUAUAAAUGCUUGGAGUGUGGAAAGAGCUUCCGGUGGAGUAGCGCCCUUACUUUGCAUCACAGGACUCAUACAGGAGACAAACCUUAUAAAUGCUUUGAGUGUAGAAAGAGCUUCAGUCACAGUGGCCACCUUACUUUGCAUCAAAGAAUUCACACAGGGAACAAACCUUAUAAAUGUUUGGAGUGUGGAAAGAGCUUCAGUCAGAGUAGCACCCUUACUUCGCAUCGCAGAACUCAUACAGGGGAGAAAGCAUAUAAAUGCUUGGAGUGUGGAAAGAGCUUCAGUCGGAAAGGCCACCUUAGCUCGCAUCACAAAGCUCAUACAGGGGAGAAACCUUAUAAAUGCUUGGAGUGUAGAAAGAGCUUCAGUCACAGUGGCCACCUUACUUUGCAUCAAAGAAUUCACACAGGGAACAAACCUUAUAAAUGUUUGGAGUGUGGAAAGAGCUUCAGUCAGAGUAGCACCCUUACUUCGCAUCGCAGAACUCAUACAGGGGAGAAACCUUAUAAAUGCUUGGAGUGUGGAAAGAGCUUCAGUCGGAAAGGCCACCUUACCUCGCAUCACAAAACUCAUACAGGGGAGAAACCUUAUAAAUGCUUGGAGUGUGGAAAGAGCUUCAGUGACAGUAGUGCCCUUACGGUGCAUCAAAGAACUCACACAGGUGACAAACCUUAUAAAUGCUUGGAGUGUGGAAAGAGCUUCAGUCAGAGUGGCCACCUUACUUCGCAUCACAAAACUCACACAGGAGAUAAACCUUAUAAAUGCUUGGAGUGUGGAAAGAGCUUCCGGUGGAGUAGCGCCCUUACUUUGCAUCACAGGACUCAUACAGGAGACAAACCUUAUAAAUGCUUGGAGUGUGGAAAGACCUUCUGUCGGAGUGGCACCCUAACUUUGCAUCAAAGAAUUCACACAGGGAACAAACCUUAUAAAUGUUUGGAGUGUGGAAAGAGCUUCAGUCGGAGUGACAAGCUUAUUUCGCAUCACAGAACUCAUACAGGGGAGAAUCCUUAUAAAUGCCUGGAGUGUGGAAAGACCUUCUGUCAGAGUGGCACCCUAACUUUGCAUCAAAAAACUCAUACAGGGAACAAAACUUAUAAAUGUUUGGAGUGUGGAAAGAGCUUCAGUCGGAGUGACCACCUUACUUUGCAUCACAAAACUCACACAGGAGACAAACCUUAUAAAUGCUUCGAGUGUGGAAAGAGCUUCAGUCAGAGUAGCACCCUUACUUUGCAUCACAGGACUCAUACAGGAGACAAACCUUAUAAAUGCUUUGAGUGUGGAAAGAGCUUCAGUCAGAGCAGGACCCUUACUUCGCAUCAAAGAACUCACACAGGAGACAAACUUUAUACAUCAAUGGAGCCGAAGGAAAGCGCGCAACCGAGGGACGUCCUUUUCCUGCCCCGCCUCUCGGCCAGAAAUGCAGCGUGGGAGCGGAGACUCUCUUCAUGCGCAGUGAUGUUGGUUGGUGGAGUUGCGCGGGGGAAGCCUCGGAACAAAGGAUACAUCUGGGGUGUCAAGGCUGAGGGAGAACCAUCUGAAGUCUCACUGGCAAAAAAUGGGGAGAAGGUGCAGGAGCAGAAACUGAGGAGUCAAGAUGGAGCAAAGAAACAAGAGGAGAGAGAGACUCACACAGGGGACAAACCUUAUAAAUGCUUGGAGUGUGGAAAGAGCUUCCGGUGGAGUAGCGCCCUUACUUUGCAUCACAGGACUCAUACAGGAGACAAACCUUAUAAAUGCUUUGAGUGUAGAAAGAGCUUCAGUCACAGUGGCCACCUUACUUUGCAUCAAAGAAUUCACACAGGGAACAAACCUUAUAAAUGUUUGGAGUGUGGAAAGAGCUUCAGUCGGAGUGACAAGCUUACUUCGCAUCGCAGAACUCAUACAGGGGAGAAACCUUAUAAAUGCUUGGAGUGUGGAAAGAGCUUCCAGUGGAGUAGCGCCCUUACUUUGCAUCACAGGACUCAUACAGGAGACAAACCUUAUAAAUGCUUUGAGUGUAGAAAGAGCUUCAGUCACAGUGGCCACCUUACUUUGCAUCAAAGAAUUCACACAGGGAACAAACCUUAUAAAUGUUUGGAGUGUGGAAAGAGCUUCAGUCGGAGUGACAAGCUUACUUCGCAUCGCAGAACUCAUACAGGGGAGAAACCUUAUAAAUGUUUGGAGUGUGGAAAGAGCUUCAGUCGGAAAGGCCACCUUACCUCGCAUCACAAAACUCAUACAGGGGAGAAACCUUAUAAAUGCUUGGAGUGUGGAAAGAGCUUCAGUGACAGUAGUGCCCUUACGGUGCAUCAAAGAACUCACACAGGUGACAAACCUUAUAAAUGCUUGGAGUGUGGAAAGAGCUUCAGUCAGAGUGGCCACCUUACUUCGCAUCACAAAACUCACACAGGAGAUAAACCUUAUAAAUGCUUGGAGUGUGGAAAGAGCUUCCGGUGGAGUAGCGCCCUUACUUUGCAUCACAGGACUCAUACAGGAGACAAACCUUAUAAAUGCUUGGAGUGUGGAAAGACCUUCUGUCGGAGUGGCACCCUAACUUUGCAUCAAAGAAUUCACACAGGGAACAAACCUUAUAAAUGUUUGGAGUGUGGAAAGAGCUUCAGUCGGAGUGACAAGCUUACUUCGCAUCACAGAACUCAUACAGGGGAGAAUCCUUAUAAAUGCUUGGAGUGUGGAAAGACCUUCUGUCAGAGUGGCACCCUAACUUUGCAUCAAAGAAGUCAUACAGGGAACAAACCUUAUAAAUGUUUGGAGUGUGGAAAGAGCUUCAGUCGGAGUGACCACCUUACUUUGCAUCACAGGACUCAUACAGGAGACAAACCUUAUAAAUGCUUCGAGUGUGGAAAGAGCUUCAGUCAGAGUAGCACCCUUACUUUGCAUCACAGGACUCAUACAGGAGACAAACCUUAUAAAUGCUUUGAGUGUGGAAAGAGCUUCAGUCAAAGCAGGACCCUUACUUCGCAUCAAAGAACUCACACAGGAGACAAACUUUAUACAUGCUAGUAGUGUUGAAAGACUUUUUGUCAGAAUGGUACCUUCGGGCACAUCAAAGCAUCCAUACAAGGGAAGAGAUGUAUAAAUGCUUUGAAUGUGGAAAAAGUUUUAAGCAGAGUUCAACUCUUUCUGUGCAUCAAAGGAUCCAUAUGGAGAAGCCGGGCUACCAACAGGAGUUUUAUGGGGAGUUUCAGACCCCUGAGAAUCUUCUUCUCUUGGCUUAACCACAGACUAUUCCACUUCCCUUCACCAGCUAUCUUGGUGGCCUGUCAGUUUCUUCUUUGCAGAGAUGGAGAGGUUUUGGCUUUUACAGAGAUGGGUGAGCAUCCAAGAUGGAUCUGUUGAGCUCUAGUCUGCACAGGCAAGGCAGAAUUAGCUUGCUGCACAGGACACAGAGGUUUACUGACAAAACAGUUCCAGUAAGGCGGCAAACAGGAAUGAAGAACUCCGACACAGUCCAGCUUCGUGCCAGUAACAGAAAUCUUUAUCAACGUGCAGUUUAACAAAUACAUUCACCAACAUUACAUGCUCCUACUGUCCCCCCACACAGCCUGGCUCUCUAGGCUUCUAAUUUAUAACCAGCACCUUAGGUCAGUUGCAGCUGUGUGUCCUUGACUAAUUGCAUAGCGUUUAACCCAUUCCCAACCUGUGGAAUGACUCAGCUAAACAUGAGCCAACAGCCCCCACCUCAUUCCACAUGUUGGGUGUUGCUCCGCAAUUCCUGUUUUUACAUUUUACAUACUUUUGUUUUACAUUUCAUUUUACAUUUACAUUUUAUAUUUACAAUAGUCUUGUUACAUAUACAUAUACUCAAUACUGUUUUUAUACAUGCAGUCUCAGUCCCAUUUGAGUCCCAGCAUCUUUGAGAGUUGUACAUGCUUAUCUGCACAGAGUGGCUUUGUGAGAAUGUCUUUUCUUGUCGUUUCACAGUGGUGUAUCUCUAUAAGCCCACUUUGUACACAGUCUCUCACAUGGUGGUAGCGAACACUAAUGUGUUUCAUCCGUUUGGUGUUGCUUUCUGAUUUAGCCAUGUGUAUACAUGCUUGAUUGUCCUCCUUAAUGGUAUAUGGGGUGCCUAUGAUUAGUUCAAUAUCCUGUAAUAAUUGUUGGUACCAGAGGAGCUCAUUGCAUGCUAUAGAUAGGCAGAUGUACUCAGCCUCAGUACUGGAAACGGCUACAACUGAUUGUUUCCUGCUAGUCCACUCAAUCAGAGACCCCUGUAUCAUGAUAGCUAUCCCUGAUGUGGAUUUUCUAGUAGUGGGGUCAGAUGCAUGGUCUGCAUCUGCAUAACAUACAACACCAUUCUCCUGACUAGCAGAGAUUAUCAGUUUUAUGCCAUAGGUACCCUUAAGAUAUCGGAUCACCCUUUUUAAGCCCUUCCAAUCAUACUCCGUGGGAUUUGACACUCUUCUGCCUAGUAUUCCUACUGCAUUGCUGAUAUCCAGACGGGAUAUGUUUGCAAUGUAUAACAGUUUGCCAACCAUACUUCUGAACAUACUGGGAUUGGAGAUCGCCUGACUAUCCUGUUCCCUUUGGAAAUCUACCACCAUGGGAGUGUUCACCGGUUUGCAUUCCAUCAUGUCUAUCUCUUUGAGUAUUUGUAUUAUUUUUGCAGUUUGAUGCAGCAGGAAACUGCCAUCUGUCUGCCUCAGUAUCUCAGUUCCCAGGUAUUGUUUUAUGGGACCUAGACACUUGAUAUUGAUCUGUUGUUGCAAUUGAGAGCUGAAUGCUUUCUCCUGAUAUUCAGAUCCACAUACAUACAUAAUAUCAUCUACAAAGACUAGGCAGAAUGAUUUUUCUCCACCUGUAUCACAAUGAUAUAGGCAAGGGUCAGCUACACUACGUAUGAAUGCCAUUUCAGUCAGAAUGUCAUGUAAUUUCUUGUUCCAACAUCGGGUGCUUUGCUUAAGCCCAUAAAUAGACUUUUGUAAGUGGCAGACAAGAGCUGGAUUCUCUAUAUGACCAGGGGGUUGCUCCAUGUAUAUGGUUUCCUGGAGUUCCCCAUACAGGAACGCAGUAUCUACAUCAUAAUGAUAUACUUGCAUAUUCCUGGUGGCUGCCACCUUCAGCAUAAGCCGAAUUGUCUCAAACUUCACUACGGGUGCAAAUACUGCAUCAUAGUCAAAGCCAUACCGUUGAUCGAAACUCUUAGCCACUAAAUGUGCUCUGUAACGCUGUGGCUGUCCUGCACUGUCCUUCUUUAUUUUAAAAAUCCACUUGCACCCUAUAGCCUUUUUGUUAUAAGGCAGGGUUUCCAGUAUCCAGGUACCAUUUCGGGACAUAGCUUGCAGUUCCUCUUGCAUGGCAAUAUGCCAUAGCUGUGCUUCUGUGGCAGGCAAAUUAAUGACGUCCUCAUAGGAUGUCGGCUCUGUAAUGCCAGAUACAACAUUUACUGUGUAUCUUUUCGGCGGUUGACCCAGAUUAGCUCUUUUUGAUCUCCUUGGUAUGUGUGUAGGUUCUUCUAUUGGUACUUCUGGACUUUCUGUUUGUGCUAUGUUUUGUUCUAUCUCUUCAACAUUCUGACAUUCAUCUGUUCUUUCCUCUGCCUCUUGUUUAAUUUCAGUUUCUGCAAUUUCUACAAUUCCCCCUCCCCUCUCUUCCUGGGGAUCAGGUUUAACGUUUAUUUCCUGUUGCUCAUCUUGUGUGCUAUCUAUGUUUAUUUCUACAUGUUGUGUACUGUCUUCUCAGUCUUGCUCCUGUGUUUUAACACUUCUACACACAUGUAAACGUUUUUCUUUCAUUAACCAGACUCUGUGAUAUGCUCCCUCAAAGCCAAGAUAGUAACCCUUUAACGCUCUCGGACCUUGUUUGCCUUUACGUUGAGGUUUGGGAAUAUGUGCCCAACAUAUUGCUCCAAAUUUCUUUACAUGGUUUAGAUAAGGCUUUCUGUUAAACAUCUUUUCAUAAGGUGUACAAUCCACAGUACUUUUAUAUACCCUGUUCAACAGAAAAUUAGCAUAAAUUGCACAUUCACCCCAGAAAUCCCUGGUAAGUUUGGAGUCUGCUAACAUCGCUCUCACAGUGUCCUGUAAAAAUCUAUGAUAUCUCUCUGCAACACCGUCCUGAUGUGGCGCAAAAGGAGCUGUUAAUUCGUGUUUUAUUCCUUUUCUGUACAGAUAUUUUUGCAGAGUUGAGGAGAGAAAUUCCCCUCCUCUAUCCGACCUGAAUGUAGCUAUCCUGGUUUUGAAUCUCGCCUCUACCCAUUCCACAAAAUGCUGUAACUUCCCAGCGGCUUGUGCUUUGUUAUUCAAUAGGUAAACAAAAGCGUAUCUUGAAUAGUCUUCGACCAACACAAAAUAAAAUUUUGCAUUUCCUUUUGACUGUUUAAAGGGACCGGCCAGAUCCAUGUGGAUUAACUGAAAUGGCCUUUGCGUGCUAAUUAGCCUUUCUUUGUGUAUGGGAGCUGCAGUUGAUUUCCAUUCACUGCAAACGUCACAGUCCUCAUACUGCUUACAAGGUUUGAACUGUAAGUCUGCACUAUGAUUCAUUGUUUUUAGUAGAGUAGCAUAACUUACAUGUCCCAAUCUUCUAUGAUACAAAUGUAUACAUUUUUCAUGCUUUCGUUUGUUUCUUACUGUGUUUACACAUUGUGGGGCUUCAUCAUUUACUAUGAACAAGGCUUCUUUGAACUUUCCUAUCACACAAAUCUUAUUCCCUUUAGCUAUUGUGCAUUUCCCUUUGUCAAAGUUAACAACAUAAUUCAUAGCAUUUAACUUGGCUACUGACAUAAUAUUUCUGUCCAUACUGGGAACAUAAAGCACAUUUGUAACUAGCGUUUUUAAACAUUUUAAAUAUAUCACUCCUACCCCUUUAACUUGAUGACAGCUUCCAUCCGCCAAAUAAACUUUCUGGUUCUUUGUUGGGGUCAGGAUUUUAAACUGUUUUUCAUUAUUUACUAGAAAAUGACUUGCUCCCGAGUCUACAGCCCAGGAUGUGUUUUGCAGUUCAUUGUCCUUGUCUUUAGUGCCAACGACAUGCACUUUAAACGGGUCUUUCUCGCUUUGUUGCAAUCUUCUUUUCAUCUCUGGCUGGCAUUGUCUGCGUAGAUGAGUUGUGGAGCCGCAUCUGUAGCAACGUUUCACUCCAUACGCCAUCGGUCUUUGUGCAUUCCGCUCCGGGUUUUCUUUGUUGCUCUGUUUACUUUUCUCUUGUCGGCGUUCUGCUUCUUGAAGUAGUUUGUUUGUGAUGUACGUCAUGCUGAGGUCCGCAUCCGGAAGACUUUCUAACGCACUUAUCACUCCUUCCCAGGAAUCAUUUAGAGUAGACAGUGUAAUAUAUGCCAUCUGUUCCUGUGUAUGCUGCAUGUCCAUUUCGUGCAGGUCGGCAAACAAAUGUUGUAAGUUCUGUAAAUGCCUCUGCAUGGACUCUCCCUCUUUGUAACGGGUCUGGUACAGUCUUUUAGCAAGUAAAACUUUAGAGCCUGCAGUUUUUCUCACAUGUACAGCACGUAAAACAUUCCAAACUUCCUUUGCUGUGUUUAAGCCUCUGAUAUGUAUUAACUGUUCAUUCUCCAGAGCUAGGAUAAGCAGAGCUUUAGCUUUCUCUGCUGCUCUUAUCCACUCUGCCGGUGGGGCUGCUGGGGGGUCUUCUGCAACAGUGUGCCAGACACCCUCCUUCACCAGCAGCAUUUCAGUCUUUACCUUCCAGUAGGAGUAGUUGGUGCUUCCCAGCCUCUCCAAGGGAAAAGACGCGCUUCCAAACGCUGCCAUUCUUCUCACCCUUCUCGGCUGUUCUGUUCUGUUGCACUUUGUAAUUCUUUGCCUGUUGCACAACCUCACAAGAUCAUUGUGUCAGCUGCAAUGACUGGGCCCAUAACCCUUUGUUGAGCUCUAGUCUGCACAGGCAAGGCAGAAUUAGCUUGCUGCACAGGACACAGAGGUUUACUGACAAAACAGUUCCAGUAAGGCAGCAAACAGGAAUGAAGAACUCCGACACAGUCCAGCUUUGUGCCAGUAACAGAAAUCUUUAUCAACGUGCAGUUUAACAAAUACAAAUACAUUCACCAACAUUACAUGCUCCUACUAUCCCCCCACACAGCCUGGCUCUCUAGGCUUCUAAUGUAUAACCAGCACCUUAGAUCAGUUGCAGCUGUGUGUCCUUGACUAAUUGCAUAGCUUUUAACCCAUUCCCAACCUGUGGAAUGACUCAGCUAAACAUGAGCCAACAGGAUCCUGAGGCCAAGGUGGCUGCAGAAGCCAAAAUGGCCUCUCCAUUGUCCAGUUUUUCCCCAUCGUAUCCCCCCCGGCAUUUUCUAGCUGCCAAAUUCAAUAUUCAAUUAAUGACAUUUCAUGUAUUACUUUAUCUACUUCCUCUACAUCCUCCUCCUGUCAUUGUUAUCUCCAUGUUUAUCAUUUAAACAUCAGUUUUUGUGAUAUAGAUAGUAAUCUUUGUCACACAGUGUCUAAUACACCACAAAACCAACUGGACUAUUACAUAUAUGAGCAUAAACAAGCAUAAUCUUAUAAGGCUGUGAAAGGAAGUAGAGCAAAAGUUAUAAUCAUGUGCCAAAUUCUUGCUAACAAGGACACAUAUUAUCCAGGGAGGUAUAAAGGAAAUGAGGAGGGGGGAAAUUGGAGUAGUUUGCAUGAGAAAAGAGGAGAAAAAGUUAUCUUGACAUGCAUAUCUUUAGGAAAUGUAGUUGCAUGUUUAUGCCAAAAAAGGAAUAUCUAUGCCAAUUUAUUGUAUUAAGCGACAUAUGCUUAUGUAUCAUCAUGUGAUGGUUGUGUAAUCAACGUAUCCUUGAAAACAGUAUAUAAUGAUGCUGUGUGGCACAUGAUGGGGGGCUUGCACUGAGAUUCUGUCUCUGGGAAACCUCCCAUGCAAUU